ACUGCCUCUGCUCUCGCUGCUGCUGCUGCUGCUGCGGAGAUUCAAGCUGAAUCUAUCCGCCUGUCCUCAAGCAGCAGCAGCAGCAGCAGCAGCACCACUAGUCGGACCGGAGUAUGAUCGCUGUCCGGAGAGUAUAGAUGUGCAAAACCCCUGGAUUAUCCGCGCACUGGAGAGGUCCGAACCGAGCACCGUGGAGGACUGUUUUUACCUAGUCGUCAAAAGGGAAAGAGCCACGGGUAAAGCAUGGCGGUAGAAGAGGAAGGUCUGCGGGUUUUUCAGAGCGUUAAAAUAAAAAUAGGUAAGGAGAAAAAUCCCUACCCCCAGUCUGAGUGUCUUAAUGGAUGGCUCCAUGUUAACGGGCCAAGCAGGGGAGGCUGUGUAUGAAGGCUGAAAGGGGGGGACUGAUCUGUCUUGUUCCUGCUGUUAUUGAAAUUCAAAUCACACGUUUUCUUCCUUUCAGAGCAUGGAGUGUGAGCUGAAAUUUGUAAGAUUAAAAUUGUGAGGGAAAAAAAAUGGGAUAAAAAACCCCAAAACAAAACAAGAGAUUGAUAGCCUUGUGGGAAAUUGUGGGAAUUUGGCAGCUGGCAUUAGAAGCAGCUCGAGUUUACAUGAUCUGAACAGACUGGCUGAUUUUUAGCAGACUGUGCGACAGAAAGGCUCCACAGCUGCACAUUUCCAGAUGCUUUUUUCACAUCAAAUAAAACCUCUAUUACACCUUAACUAAAACCACCCAUUCAUGUUAUGUUACCCCCCUCACACCCCCCUUGAAUUUCCCUCUCACAAUACCUCCCCCCUCCUUACAGCUUCAUGCUUAACUGUCUAGCUAUUGAUUGUUAGCCCAGAUUUCUAUAUUUAGAAAUGUAGCUGGUCUCCUGUGGGUACUCUGGGUUUGUAGCAAGCAUGUGCUGCAUGCAUAUCUUGUGAAUGGAGCCAUGAGGAGGCUGAGUGCGGUUUGCAAUGGGAGGACAGUGGUUUUAUGCAAUUCAGAAAAUGUCAUGACUGAAGGAAGUUAAUUGGGAUGGAAAGGAAGAAAUUAAUUUUCCAGAUCUUGAAUCGGCGUGUUGUAAUUAAAUCAUGAUAAGAGGGCCUAACCACACCUAUUUCAUAAGAUAAUAACAAGGAGCGAACCAUGAGGAAGAAAUAAUCGGAAUAUUUAAGACACCCAGUUCUUUUACAGUGUUGUAAAUGACUGCCUUUUCAUUAGAUGAUUUAACUAAUUUUAAAAAAUCACAUAUAAGCAAUACCACAGCCAUUAGAUGAUAGACAAAGGUGGUAUUUUUGUUCAAAUUGCCUCCAAUUCAUUAUCCAAACAUUCAAACUCAGCCGUCAUUUCCUCUGCCUGCUCCAUCUGUUAUCAGGGGUCAGCAUGGGGUGUUUUCACUGACAUCCAGAACCCGACUCAUCCUGACCGACUGUGCUAUCUGGUUUGUUUUGACUCCAAACAUGUGGCAGAGGGGAUGAGCAGAGGAAAAACUAAAUAUUUGACACAACAAGUACACACACACACACACACACACUCCCUCAAGCUGACAGGGCUGUGUACUGAUGCCAGCCAGCAUUAUACAAAAACACUUCAGCGGUACUUCUUUUACUUGAGCUGAUGUGAAAAGUUAAGCUGUGUGUCUUUAAGCGUCUUACCUGCUGUUAAAAUUGGCCGCAGCGUCCUCUUGGGAAGCAGCUAGAGAGAGAGAGAACCACCCCGAGGUAUCAUACUCAGACCUGAAACUCCAGAGAGAGUUGCGGUGUUGAAUCACAAAGGCCUCGUCAGAUUGCUGCUCUUUCUGAAUGAACGAUCCGUCAGCCGGCAGCGUGGACUCUGUGAAUGAAAACUUAAUGACUGGAUGACACUUGUCUUUCUAGACACAAGUUCUCAUGCCUAUUAUGACUGAGGCAAAAUGCAGCGUAGAGGAAGUAUUCAUGAAAAGUAUUAUAGUAAAACCAACACCUCACUGUGACUCAGUAUAAUAAAAACGACAUUUCUGACAGUGCAGAAAAAUUCCCCUUUAAAAUGAGUGGGAUAUAAAGUUACUUAUUACUGAAUUAAUACAUUUUAAAGAGUUUGUGAGGGGCAAUUUGCUGUUGAAGCUUAAAAUUUUGAUGUUUUGGGAUUUUUUUUUUUCAUAACCAGGACAGAUGCAACUAAUCAAUAAUCCAUAUGUGCACUUUUAUCAUUGAUCAAUUAUUUCACUUCACUUCACUUCACUUCAGUAAAAGCACGUCAGUCAUACCAGUAUUUUUGCAUGAGCAGAGUGCAUAAAAUGCAGUUUGCGUACCAAUAAAAGAACCCCUAGAUGAAGCUUGAUCGAGAAUAAUAACAAUAAUAAUGAUAAUAAUAAUAAUAAUUCUUUGUUGUUUUUCUCAAACAGAAAAGCCCCAAAAAUAUUUUUUUUCUGCCUCUCAUGGAUUAGAUAUCUUUUAGUUUUGUUCUUUAGAGAAAAAACAGGAUAUUUGAAGCUUCAUCCUUGAUCCCAAAAAAGAGGUACAAUUCAUUGAUGUUUUUUACAUUUUAUUGACAAAAUAGUAAGUUGAUUAUGUAAGGAAAUCAAGGAUAAGACUAUUUUGUGUUGGAAGUAUUCCUAAACCAACAAAUAACACAACUAAAGUAAAACAAAGUAAGCCAUAUAACAGUAUAAAGUGAAUACUGAUGCCUCUUCUUGACCUUUAAAAGCAAACAUGACCAAAAACAACACUGAUAGUUUCUUUAGCGUAGUUUUGAAUGCCUAAAAGGGGAUAGGUGGCAGACUAGAUUGACAGCAGGCUGAAGAAACUACAUCUCUGCCAUGGCAAAUACCCACAGCGAGAGAAACCUUAUACUGAUUAAAGACAGAAGGAUAAGUUUAUUUAUUUUUUAAUCUGAUAGCUUACUUUCAUAUGCAGGAGGAUAAAUAACUUUGACCACAGGGGGCACCAGAAUCAACACAAACCAAAUGUUCCUCACAGCAGCUUUAAGGUUAGAUUUUAUUAUCAGGUCAAACAAUUUGAGAACUACGUACGUUUGGCUUGAGUUGUUUACAUAUGUAAGACUGAAGGUGUUAACGUCACAUCCAGGAGUUGACUCCUCAGCCUCCUCACUCCCUGUUCUUCUGUAACAUUGCACAGUGACAGCAGUAGAGUUUACACGGUGUUGUUACCUAGCAGCAGUCACACUUGCUGUCAGCCUGAUCCCCAAGGAGCUCUUCUCCCAGUUAUGUCGGUGUAACACUUGCAUCACAUUGUUUUCAUCAAAGUCUUGUCCUUUGGCAUGAGACUGCGGCGGGCUGAUGACUCAGAGCUGAAAAUCUGCCACAUAUUUGUCGAGCAGAGAGAGAGAGAGAAAAAAAACAGCAGAACUAAUGAUUGUCGGGGUGAUUACUUUUCUCAGUUUCCUCCAGGAACACGUGAAUUUCGGAAACCAAACAGGGCUACUGGGCCGGAGCGCGAACUGUCUGAGGAACACAGGAAACAGGAAACUACCCCCAAUUCACUUCCUGAUUGGCUGGAAUAGACUACAAAAAGAAUUGUGUUUUUUCCUGCAUGGCAACAAGCUUAACACAAAGCAGAUGUAGUGAGAUGAAGAGUGAGGGACAGAGGUGGCGUUUCUCUGCAACAGUGGGCUGUGCUUCAUCUGUCAGUGACUCUGUCCCUGUCAGUGCUCACAGAGAUGGGAACUUAUGGUGGCACAGCUGGGGUCAGGGCUCUGCUCUAAUUAGCACAUAAUAUGUGCAUUUAGCUGCCCUGUCGACGCAAGGAACACUGUCUGAUAAACUCAGACGGAUUCAUGACACCGGAAAGUGCAUUAUACCGUGUUUUUAUGGCGCACAUUACCAAAACCUUCAAAAAAACGCUUCAUACUUGAACGCCAUAAUGUUAAGAAUGGCAGUUUCCAGCCAGAGUGCCUGAACAAACAUUAAAAUGCAUCAAAAAAAGGCAUUAUGGGAAAAUACUCGGAGCUAGUGAGUUGAACUGCUUUUAACAAAUUUGUCCGACCUCAAGGAUACACACUGUUAUGGGUUUUUAAAUGCACCAGAUCCCAACAGUGUAGCCAUUUCUGUUAUAUUCUAGCAAACAUUGAAAAGUUAUCAUACUAAAUUUAGGGUAAUCAAUUAUAAAAAGGAUCCACACAUAACUACAUUAUUUUUUGGGGUUGAGAGCAUUGACGCUGAAUCACAGCAGCAGAGUCGCGGAGCGUGAAACCGAGCUAACAGGCGUGAAUAAGCUCCGUAGACCCCUUUCUGUUCCACACAGCCUAUUUGGACUAAUAUCACUAGAAAAGGUGUUUUUUUUUUGUGGCAGCUUCACAGCUUUGCUUGGAUAAAGUAAAGUAGUCACCAGACUUUACGGGUUAGACAACGUUUAUGUUGUACAUCAGAUCCAUCUGUUAAUGUGUGUAGUUGUUGAGAUGAAUAGCUGGUUAUUUCACAGUGCGGUUUGUGGCUGGUGAUAGGUGAGAGCAGAGAGAGCAGCUACUGGCAUCAGUUCUGAACCAGAGGAUUUACAGUGUGGCAGAAGCAUCAUGUCUUGCUACUUGAUAGCAACAGUGUACGAGACAGUAGUGGAAAUUAUAUGUUGAGGAGGUGAAGUGUUGCAGUGGUCGAGGAAAUUCAGGCAGCUGAGGCCGGGUGACUCAGGCCCUGGGAGGGAAAUGCUGGUUUGUUGCGACAAAGCCCCCCUCCUUCCCUUGACAGCUGGCCAAUAGAGGUUCCCAAACUUCCUCCUGUCGAGACUGAAUAGGAGACAUGGAGUGACGGGGGAGAGGGAGGGCAGGAAUGUGUCUGUGUGAAGGAGUCCGUCUCGUUUUUUUUAAGGAAAGGAUUAGGAUCCAUUAAAUUUGUUAUGAUGUCGCGUUCCCUGAGAAGUUAUGUGCGCGUUCGGACGCGUACAUGUCACCUAAUGUACAUGUUUAGGCAUUAAAUAUGAGACCAGUUCAUUUUGUCCUGGAAGACCAGCUUUCUUGGAAGUAAAGUUUGCUGUAAACAUGAGUGUUGACUGUUUAGACCCACAAAGUGUUUCGGUCCAGGCAGCUUCAAGCUGGUGUAAUAAUCCGGGUUGGGUGCAGCAGCUCCUCUAGCACUCGCUAAGGGAGAACACAGUACCAGGAAUAGUGUGAGGGGGAAUCAAGGAGGGCCAGCAUACAGGGUUAGCAGGGGUAAAUAAAGGGCCACAGAGCGCCACUCCUUCAGGGUGUCCUUCAGAUGCCCCUGCGAAAGAGGUCCACACCUUGACCUGUAAUCGACAGAAGACCAAAAAUCACUAGAAACUCCAGAGAAGAUUGGUAAUAACUAGUUGUAAUGACUUUAUUCUCACAGCAGUUUUCCUCUGAUAUUAUAUUGGCCCCUAUUUUGAAUAAAAACGUCCUAUUUGCUAUGAUCAAGAACAGCUGUGGUUAGCAUUCAAUCACUUGUUUGGUAGCAGGCUAUCAGUGUUGGCAUUAUUUUGUGCAGUGACAUGGAUUCUUGGCUGUAUACCAGAAUUUACCUCCUAGCUAACUCACUGCAAAAGUAUUGGUUAUUGGGACAUGAUUAUCAGACUGAAGCUAACACAAUAAAACUCACUGAUCAAACAUUUUUUUACGGUUUUGCAACAUUACUUUCCUCCAAGAACAGAACAGGCCAUGUCAGCUUGCCACACACCACGUCUCACACCCUGUUCACUCUCUCUUCCUGUGCUUGCAAAAGAUAGCAUAUCUCACCUCUGCAAAUGUCAGAGUGCCAAUGAGUGUGUGCACGUAGGAGACAGUUGUCUUCGAUUUACUUUUUAUGCCAGAUGUUCAAAUAGAGUGUUGUGUGUAUUAUAGAAAAAGGACAGGCACUCUGUAUCUGUUGAGGUUAGACUGAGUCCUUUCUUUGAAUCAAAAAGAUGACUUUCACAUCCUGCUGGUACAUGGCAACAUUUCUGACCCCUGAUUUCUUACAUGUGAGCAUAUUUUCCUGCUGUUUUUCCCUUGACUUUUUUGCUUCACUGUAUCCACCCUUUUGUGUGAAUGUUUGUGGUUAUGUAUUUGUUUUUUACUCAACUUUUCCAUUGAGACUAACCGAUGUGUUUGAACAUUAGCUGCAGGCAGGCUCUAGAUACAGAGGGAGUUUGAUGAGUAACUGAAGGAUGGUUUAUCGCACACACUGUGGUGUGCAAGACUGCCAGUCUUUAACUGUAAACUCCCUUAUUUAUCCUUUCAUGCUGUUUCUCUCCGUGCCUCUUUGUUAACUGUUGUGGUUGUGCUGAAACUUCUGCGAUAAACAGCUCAGCUAGUUUCUGUCAAGUUUAAUCACUUGUAAAAAAAAUAAAAGCAGCAAAGAAAAAGAGGCAUGCAGUAGAGUUCGAGCUUUAUCAAAGGAGAGUUUUUUGUGUUUUAUAUUUUCAGAAAUGUGCAAAAAUUGUGAAGUUGUUAAGUUUUAUCUUUCCAAAGCUGUUUCUUCACAGAUGUAAAAGGAAGUGGUGAAUCAUGCUGCAGCAAGACAAUACCAUCCCUGUCUGAUAUCACUCUGACUGAUAAACUCUGACUGCUGCCACGUGUUUACUUAAAAAAGACAAAAGUUACAGCUCUCAGGGUUUCAGAUCGGUGGGUGGGGGGUUGAUGUUAAACAGAUCAGCUUGUGGUCAGCUCUUCGUUACAUGUAUACCCCAUAUUGCCUGAGUACUGAAACACUUGAUUCAUUCAUAGAGGUUAAUCCUCCAGUCAGGUAGACUAGGUUCGAAUUAAACCUGUGGCCCUUUGCCUUGUGUCACCCCCUUACUCUCCUUUUCCUGUUUUCUACUUGGUCCACUGUCUUCCCAUAUCACUUAAGGUGUAAGUAGCGACACACUGUCCACAUGUAAAGCCAGUUUCCCAUACAGGGCAUUGUGUCAUGCAGUGGUCUGCAGAGUGUCUAAGUCAGGUGUUGUAUUUGGGGUAAUCGAGGUUUAAUUUUUAAACUUUUAAUCCAAAUGCAAUAAUUUCACUGAGGGCUGUUCAUGGGAGGUAUGCUAAAAAACAAUACUAGAAGUUUAAAAAUUUUUCCAAAUCCAAAACCCUUCUAACUAGAUUUUACAUGUGCUUAGGCACGAGGAUUGCAUAGCGCACCCGGGGGAUAUGCUGUUUGAGCCAAGCGUCAUCACAGCGACUCUCAGCAACUCUUCCGCCAAAUGUGUGCAAUGCUACGGUGCAAGUGGUGGAGUGUGUACAACACUACUGCGCAAUGUUGGUUUCAGGAAUGGAGCAAAAACACGGAAUUGCCGAGAGCUGUUCAGCUUAAAAUCCGUAUACUGGCGGAAGGUGGAACCAAGUUGUCCAUAGUAUAUACAGUCUAUGGGUAGCACUCAUUUUCUGUUUUCCGCACUGGCUCUUCUGUCGGCUUCACGUGUUAAAGUGCUAUGGUUGCGUGUAGCUGCAGGCUGCUACUAUGCAGUUGUUUGCUACUUGGUUCUAAUUCAGCACAUGAUUGGACUGGAGCAACUCCCCUUUUCAUUGGCUAGUCAUAUAGUCUACCAAAACAUGCCAGAAUGCCGACUAUUGAGGGAAAUCAAUUUUCGAUAUAUAUCUUUAUCAUUUUAUUGCCCAGCCCUACAUAUGCUCCAGAAUUACUGCUGUUGUAAACAUUAGGAGUAUGCUCUUCACAUUCAGCUAACAGGACGGUAAAUAAUGCCUCAUUGGCUUGUCUAGUGUGGCUAACAUUAGCAGUGCUAGCACCACCAGCUUCCAGCCCACUUUGAGGCUAAGAUCCACUCUGCUUUCACCACUCAGGUAACGCGGUUAAAUUCCUCUCUAACCAGAUACAGCCUCGACAGCUCUAUCUUCAUUUUCUAAGUCUGUGUUUGUGCGUCAGUGUUUUGUAGCUGAGUCAAAAAGACACCUUCAGCUCACAGUUUGGUUUCAGUUCUUGUUAUGACUCCUUGUUUGGGACCAUCAGAAGGAACCGAGUAUCAGCUGUGGGAUAAUAAAUUGUCACUGUACAAGUUUCACUCCUUCUUUCCUUUCUCACGGUGUUUCUCUUUCCAUCUUACACACUCAAACAGACACACUCACAUUCGCGCUCACACACAGCCACUCAAGGGUAACUGGGUUGUUCGCUGCUUUUAAACUACAUCUUGGAUCCAGUUGAAAUUCCUUUCUCCUCAUCUCAUUUCCUGUUGUAGCUUUCUCCAGAGUGAGCCGCUCUCCAGUUUUCUAUCUGACUGACUUCUCUCUUUCUUUCUCCCUCUCAGUCCCUCUCUCUCUCCCUCUCUCUCUCUCUCUCUCUCUCUCACUUGAUUGAGUACACUGCUUGUGUUUUCUCUCCAUAACCCCCCUCUUCUUUCCUUCCCUUAAACCCUAUGUUUCCCAAGCCUGCUUGUGGAGCGAACAGUGGCUGAAAGCAUUCACGCCUGUGUAUCCUCGAAUGUGUUCAUGUCAGGGAAGAUUAGAAUAACGAGAGCAGCGGUUCCUCUGUAACUGUACGCAGGAGUUUGGCCGAGUGCAGCCAGUCGACAGGAGAGGAAGAGGAACACGUUCACUUCAUCUAUGGGGCUAUUUCAAAUGCUUGUGCUUCCUCAUUUCUUCUUUCUUUCUUUCCUCCGCAGGGAUGAGGAAUGAACUGUUUUUGGUUUCUUAAUUCGCCCCCUUUAACUCCUACUCUUUGGGGUGUUCCCAUCAUUAUUAUCCCCAGUAAUUCUUCUGCUAAACACCCCCAUGUUUUUGCGCGCACACCACCGCGGCAGUCACACACACACGUGCCAAGAGUGUGUGGCUUUUCGUUUCAUGUUUUCCUCGGAUACUAGGGCAAGAUAUUCUCCACGGGCAGCUGCAGUGGUGCUGGAUUAAAAAGGGAGAGCUGCUGCUGUUGUUUUUGUUUUUUAGACGCUGUGUAUAUUAAAUCUCAAAGAGGGUGAAUGCACCCCCUUCAGAGAGAGAGUAGAAGAGGAAGAGAUUUUUCUCAAUUAUAAAGAGGGAAGUAACGAGAAAAAGAGGAAAGUGAAAUGAGGUUAAAGCUAAUUUUAAAAAAAGAAAUUGAAAGUGACUGUGUGACACAAGCCCCAUAUAUAAAAGGAGGAAAUAAAGGGGUUCAGAGGAAAAGAGGUAAAAGGAAAAGAGAAACCACAUGGACCAUAAAGCAAGAGAGAAUGAUAGGCAGGCUGAGACAGAGGAUUACACACUCUGGUUUUUUAAUACAGUCUUUAAUCCUAAUGUGUUGAAUGGACGGUUACUGGAGAGGCUAAGCCUUUCUUUCUCUAUGAGACUCACUCUUCAUUCAACACACAAAUAUACAUAUGUAAAUACACAAUGUAUGCAUAUCCCCUACUUAAUAUGCAGGUGAAAUUCAUAUUGAGAUGAUUAGACGUGUGCAGGAGCGCAGCAUAAACAACAAUGAACUUCAACAAAGAAAACAGACAAACGGAAAACACAACAUCCAAUAUAGCAUUUAUCCGAAACUGAAACUUGUGUACUCCACCCUCACUGUUGUGGUAAACUUCCCCUGACACUGGCAAACCAUGCGUGCUUCUUAUCAAGUCAUCCACAGAGACAGCUGUCCAGCACUUCCUCCUCCUCUGAACACGAGGUUGUGGGGUGUCAACCUGCCUACCCAGCACUGAUGGGGUUAGUGCUGCUGAAGGGGCUCUGCCCAUUGUUUCAACACUUUUACACUGACUGAAAAUCAAUUUAAAGCUCCUGUAGAGAACUUUGGAUUUGUGUCACUUUAGUGCCCACUGAGGACAAGGCAAUUAUUUAUUUAAAUACUGUCUUCUGACUAAAAUCCCGCUAAGUUUUGAUAUUCAGAGGUAUGAUUUUUCAUGAAAGUAAGAAGCAGGACUGUCUCUUCAGCUACUCAUCUGACAUCUAACCCCUUUGCACUGGUUUCAGGAACUGAAAUGGCUUUUGUAUGUCUUAAAAAAGCAUGGAUAUGAAUUUUGGUCUAUUUCAUAAUAUCAAAAAACUCCCCACUGGAGCUUUAAGUUGUAUCCCAAACUUGAUUAAUUAAGAUAUUGAACUUGCUUGUUAUUUAUCCAUUUCUAAUGAUGUUCAAAUUUCUGAUUUAUCCACAUCCCCAGCUCUGUGACCAACACAUCACCUCAUAAAUUGGUUGUUUGCUGUAGUUUAAUUAUGAACACUAUCCUCUUAUUUUGAAGUAUACUACUUCUAGUCUACUGUAACUUACAGGACUAAAUGCAAUUUGAGAUUCAAAUGCAGAAUUACUUCCAAGCUCUUCUCUGUUAGUUUAACCUUGUGCUGACUUGUUUACUGUCUUACUCAGAGUAAGACGGAGUGUAAACAUAAGUUCAUUCUGUCUGCGUUCAGUGGAUCGACAGGUCUGGGAUUUGAUAGCUUUGCUGCAGGGACUAGAGGUGGGGAGGGGAAACCUGCCACCAAAAGAAGAGAAACGGGACUCUUUGUUAUUCCAGAGUUAUCUCAGACAUGUUAUAUGUAUGUUCUCGGCUGGUUUAGGAGGAUUCGCUGAAAACUUGGGGAAUCCUGCAGUUGUCUUCAGAGUUUGUUGUAAUCUGGACUGAAAGUUAAACAGUUUUUGUAAUGUGGAGGGAGGUUGUUGUCAAAGGAAAGUUGAAGCAGUUUCAAAAGUAGUAAGAGUGGUGAGACAUUAUUUUCACUGCUGAGUGAUGAAUUAAGUCCAUGCUUCAGAUUUUAUUGUAACUGUGAAGCUCCUUUAAUUGCUAGUUACGGUUACACCCUAGUGUAGGUAAUGUGCUCUUACACCUUCCAAAUGAGGGAUGUUAUUUUGCCACUCUUAAUUUCUUAUCUCUGUGAGGAUCCACCUAUGAAGAGAACUUUUCACCUGCAUUACCACAUCAAUUUAAAAAAAAACGUCAACAAAGAAAUGAAGACAAGAAGUUCACUGUGAUGGAUUACCUAUCUCAUCCAUGUUUCAAGUCUCUGCAAGUUGAUUUUCAUGCCAUAUUGGCAUCAAUUGAAACCUCCUGUUGCUGAAAAAUGCACUCAUCAGUCCAAGACGGUUUGAGAGAGGUUAAUGGAAGUUUGCAAAAAACCAAAUCAGAUUGAGUCAGGUGUGUACAAAGUUAGGCAAAAGUGCCGUAGAAAUCACAGCAAUGCGAUUAUGAUUUGUGUAAGUGCAUGAGUUUUUAAAAGCUCUACAGUAUAGCUUUAAGUUUUGGCACAGGGAUUUGUUAUUUACGUGCAGGUUGAGUCAUUAAAUAAACACACAAGCAGAGCUAAGAAAGCAGUGCUAAUCCUGGGAUGUUUUUUUUUAUUACUAGGAUGACCUGAAUGGUGCCUGUGGGUGCAAUCCUAUCAAGAGAUCGCACAGGGUCAUAAACAAGAGGGGGAUUGGGGUGAAGUCAAGAGCAAGGAGUGAGAGAGGACAAGUACAAGGAGUGAAAUGAAUGCAGGAGAGUAGAUGAGAGAGAAGCUGAGGUGAAGAGGAGGAGGAUCUAAUAACAGAGGGAAGUAAAGGUGGAUAAAGACAAAGAUGAGAGAUUCUUGCGUCAUCGCUCUGCUUCACACACAGAGCUGGAGUCUGUACCAACAAAUUGCAGCAGUGCUUCAUGUGUCAUCUUACAGCUCAGGUGAUUCUUUAAACUCGUGAAUGAACGUCGUUAUUGUGGAUUGUUUGUGUAAUCGUCCGCUGGUUGUGUGAUUCAACCCGCAGAGAAGCAGUCAUAACAGUGUGUUGCAUUACAAACCCCACAGAGGGCACUUAAUCACCUCUGUUUGUCUCAGCGUGGUUUUAUAUUUAACCUCGAGGAAGAUUUAUGGACCAAAGGGGGAGACAUUCGCCAAGCUAAGAGCAUGUAUUAAAAAAAAAAUGAAGAUACAGCACCACAAAGAGGAGCAGAGGGAGCUUCAAAAUUAAGUCUGCCAUUUUUAUCCCUUUUUAACACCGAAACCCAAGUAGCUAUUAAAAGAUCACUGGGCUUUUCUUCUUGUAACAGACUGUGCUGUGGAGGGAAAUGCUAUUAAUGCCUUCCAGGAGAAUCUAAAAAUGUGCAUGUUCGCCCUGUAUUUAAACAUUAAUCACUUCCUGCCUUUCACUCCAACAGUCCAGUGUAUCCAUUUGGAACAACUAUAAAUACUUUUGAUUUCCAAACAUGGGGCAUAUUUUAAGUAUCCCAGAGGGGCAAUUAUUUUUACAGCCUGCAGUGCUCCAUGAGCAUGACAUGAAACAAUGGAAAGUGAUAAUAAGAAUAAUACAUGGGACAUCAGAAAACAAACUAAAAUAGUUUAACAGCAGUGGCAAUAAAUAGAUAUUGAAUCCAGCCUGGCUAAGAGGAUGUAUCUGUAUCCAGAGAGGUGCAACAAGAUGUCUGUUAAAAAUGGAUGGCUUGGUUCUCUAAUGAUUAGCUGAGAGUUUUAAAAAGUUCUCACAAGUCAGUGUGUUGUCCGCAGUAGUGCCAAGAUACUUGUACCACUUCUUAGUCUAGUCUUUUACAGUUAUGGCUUUUUUUCACAAUUUUCUUUAUGUUGACAGUGGGAUUCUUCCUAAAUCAACUUCCUAGUCCUCACUUUUAGACACAUCCACUUCUCAAAAGAAUGAUGUGUCAAAGUGCGACAUGUUUAUCAAUCAUGUAGGAAAGUAACUGUACGCUUUCUACAAUGGGCAUGAUACAAGAAAGAUAUUUCUUAAUGACAUGUUACUGCUUUUUGUGUGCCAAAAAUAAUCAACAGGACAUCCAGUUUUAGCUAGUUUGAAGCUGUUUUGAAGAUGUUAAUAAAUCAUGUAGGAAAGUAACUGUACACUUACUCACUGAGCAUUUUUGGUCUAAAAGAGGUCUGAUAAACAUCUAAAUGUAGCCUAGACGACUGGUCUAAAAUCAGGCUACCACAGGUCUAAAACAGAAAGAUUUUUAGACAUCUAAAUUUAGACCAAGCUUAGACUAAGUCUAAAUCUGGGCUAUAUCUAUACUACACUGUAUAUUGCUCAACGGCUAUCAUGAUUAUUUUGGUUAAGUACUUGGAGAUCAGUUAUGCAACUCAAAGUACAACUCACAACACACGAAUAAUGGGUUAAAGUGCAACGUCUAAAUACUGUCUAAAAAUAUACAGAAUCUAGAUGUUUGAAAUUAGGUCUAAAAAAAAAGCUAGACAUCUAGUAGCCGUCUAUUGCUCAGUGGGUAGGUUCAUAAAAUUCAUGAGAACAAUGGACGUAAUACAAAAAGAUAUUUCUUAAUGACACGUUUUGUUUGUAAAAAUAGUCAACAUAACAUCCAGUUCUAGUGAGUUUGAAGCUGUUUUUUUGUGACAGCUGAGCUUCAAGUGUGUCUGCUGCAGAAAAGGUAAAGCUGUGGAUAAAAAAAUGCACAUUUUGAGCUCAUACUGAGUAUUUACAGUAACAGGGACAGAGAGUGUUUAAUCGAUUUAGUUAACCUAAAGUAUCCAGAUGCGUUGUCUUGAAGGGAGUAUCAAUUAUUGAAAACAUGUAGACCCGUUUAUGUAGCUACUUAUAACAUCUUUUGCUUGAAAUUGGAGCUAGAAGCUGUAAAAAAAAAGAUGUUUCUGCCAGGAUCAACUCAUUGUUAACAUGGAGCUUUUUGACAGUUUAAAAAAAACAUUUCACAAGCAGUGUUCUCUCAAUAGCGCUACACUUCCACUGAAGCUGCUGGUCCUGUGGCUACAGAGCAAACCUGCGUGUGUGUGUGUAAAUAAAUCACAGGUUUUAUCCAAACAGUGUAAUUGCAUGUUAGUGAGUGCCUCAUGACUAAUGUGAUUACUCACCUUCUUUCAGUUAGUGCGUUUUCUUCUUUUUUUCUUGCUGCAAAUGUUGUAUUUCUCCCUUAAUAUGGCCCUCUUGGACUGAGUUUUUGACAUCCAUGGGGUUGACCAGAGGCGGCAGGACAAAUACAUGUAGAGGUGAUUAUGAAUGCAGAGUGAUGGGAACUGCUACGUUCAUAUGUAGUGAAAUACACCUACCCUAAUGAAAGGGUAGAUAUCUGCUUUGCUAGUUCACAGUCUGUUCUCCAAAUGUCAGCGUUCUCCUCUUCUUCUUCUUCUUUCCAGGGUUGUAAACACUGCAUUGUGUUUUUGCUGCAGAGGAGCUCAAGAUAUCUUCUGCAGGGUGUAUUUAAACUUCUUCCUUGUGCUGCAGUGGAAGCUUUUGUUCUUUUUAAGAGGCUGUGUGGAAAUGAUGAUGGGCUGUUUUUGAGAGUUAUUUUUAAGCAUUGCCACUACUAACCCGAAGUGCAACAAAAAUCUGCACCUCUUUGCAGAGAAGAUGUUUACUGCAUCUGGAGUUUUUACUGCAAAUGUACCAAGAUAAAAAUGGAGGUUGUUUCUGUGGUAGAUUAAUAACUUAAUAACAGUGAAAAGAGUAUACAGCAAUGUGGCAUUUAGUCAUAAGCUCAAAUUCUUGUGAAUCUCUCUUCCAGAGGAGAGGGAGUCACCUGGCCACAGAGAAGUCACUCCGUUAAAGCCAGACUUCACAGCAUGAGAUUUGCUUAUCGUCUGGGCCGCAGCAUCAGAUUCCCGUGCAGAUAAUGAAACGUUGUUGGAGCAAACAAUGACCGUGCUGGAGGAACACACGUGUAACCAUAGACCAGAGAGGGUCCCCAGGGUGAGGAGAAAGAGACAAUAAGAAGAACAGAGAGCUGACUAGCAAGGAUGUGUUGCUUCAUAAAGGAGGAUGUAUUGCUCCUGAGGGAGGACUGCAGCACCACCUGUGUCUGUUUGUGUGUGUGUGUGUGUGUGUGUGUGUGUGUGUGUGUGUGUGUGUGUGUGUGUGUGUGUGUGUGUGUGUGUGUGUGUGUGUGUGUGUGUGCACAUCUCAGUGGGUGGUUUGACCACAUUCCUGUGAAAGGGAGUGCUAUCUGUCACACAUGUUUGAUGAACAGAUUGAGCUUCAGCAGGGUUCAGGAAAUGUCCCACGCAGAUUCUUUCAUUCACAGAUCUGACAACACUGACACAUGCAGACACUCACAGUCUCCGCACGCUGUUUUGAGUGUCCGACUGUAAUUUGUUUGUGUGUGUCUGAAAAUAUGGCUUCAGAUUUGUGUCACUCUCGCAGACACAGUGUAUUUUUAUCUUCAGGUUACUCAGGGCGAAGUAUAUGAUGUUGUUUUCACUUAAAGUGUGUGUGCUUUCAGUGUUAUUGAAUAAAUAAUCACUUAUCGCCAUCUGGGUGAAUAAACACAUUGCUUUUGCUCGUAACAGCGGUCUCAAACACUCAACACUCACUUUCUCUCCUUUCUGCCCUCUUUUCUUUUUGCAGGAGAAGCAAAAAACAUCCCUCCAUACCCGGGGCCAAACAGGAUGAGGGACUGUUACUGUACCGUCAACCUGGACCAAGAAGAAGUCUUCAGGACCAAGAUCAUUGAGAAGUCACUUUGGUAAGUUUAAGGCGCAACUUCAGAACUUCAGUGUUGUUCGUCAUUUCCUCAGAUGGCAAACCUCAAGGCUCAGAUUAUACGAAAAUGUCAUCAGAUAACUGAAAGUUGUGUCUCGACUCCUAGAUGAGAAGAUAUUAGAUUGAGGUCACUGGGUUUGAGCUGAUGUUGUGGCUCACUUAUGGCCUCUUUAUAAAACACUUUUGGAUUUAUUUAUUCAUUUUGAAUCAUAACAUAGCCUACCCUCUCCUAUCCUUUCAGUUCCUCUCCACUGACACUGUAUCCUAUCUGAGCAUAUCCUAUCCUUCCAUAUCUUAACCUUUAUUUCCUUGUGUGUCCUAUCCUUUUCUAUCAUAUCAUAAUGUAAUGCAUCGUAUCUUAUCAUAUUUAGGGUUGGGUAUCAUUUGAUUUUGAACGAUUCCGAUUCCUCUUUUCGAUUCCGGUUCCUAUCGAUUCUCUAUUCCGAUUCUUUUAAAAGACAGGAUACUAAAAAAAAAUGCAUGGUUUAAAUGAGGGUGCUAACCAGAGUUCUUCUUUUUAGACAAAAUUUCUGAACUUCUCCAUGAAUUUUUUAAUUAUAUCAACUUUUUAAGAACUUUACUAUGAAUUUCUCACAGGGCUAUUUUCAACCAUAACCAUAUAAAUAUAAAUUUUUGUUUUAAGGUAGUUUGUCUAUGAAAAAGUACAAGGGCUAACGUUAGUUGUAUAUUUAAGUUGACCCUCCUUACACAGUACAAUUUAUUUGCCACUUUAAUGUUAGCAGCGGACAGAAGUAAUUUACUGUUUCACUCAUCUGAUUCUGGCUGGUUUGCGGAAGACAGGCGAAGCGUGUCAAAGAAGGGCACUCAGGUAUUUCUCCUCCAUGAAUCCUGAGGUGUUUAAUCAUGUUGGUCGUUCACCCGCCUUUGCAUGAUGUAACUGUAUUGCUAACGUUGCACUGUGAUAAGAGUUCAUUCUUCCAGCUAAAGUUAGCCAAACUGUUGACCACAGCCGCUGUGGGUUGCAAUGCACUUUCUCUCUCUCUGUCUCUCUUCUCUCUCUGUUUGGCUUUGUCUCAAAGGCUUUGUCCUUAUUGGUGUUCGGCGGCGUCUUCCUCGUUGGUGUUCAGCGGCUAUUUCUUCCGGUUGGCGGACUCCCGCAUUGAAACUUGGAAUCGAAAUUUUAAGAUUUGAACGGUUCCGGGAGAACCGGAACGUUAGUCCCGGUCCCCAUCGAUGCUCGAGACUCGAUGCCCAACCCUAAUCAUUUUGUACCGUAUCAUAUCGUAUUGUAUCGGGCCAUAUCUUAUAACAGGCUAAAUUCGAGUCAAAUGACCAUAAUUUAAAUACUCUGUGUCACGUGGAAAAUAUUGAUUAAAAUUCUAAAUUCCUGUAUAGAUUGAGAUCAUCUCUACCCUGGUUCUUAUUGUAAAUUUGGCCGCUCUUACGAAGAAACAAUUAAGGUAGAAAACAAAGAAAUCUGACUCAUAUUUAAUGAAAGAUCUUGUAUUUAGAGGAAUUUUAAUAAGCCUUAAUAAAACUCCUUGUGUGUGUGUGCGUGUGUGUGUGUGUGUGUGUGUGUGUUGAGUAACAUAAAAAGUCAGUAAUUGUAUGCAGCAGCCUUGAGGGCUCAGCUCAUGAGAUCCACAUUUAGCUGAUUUCUAUGGCUCUCAUUUAAGUAAUGCAGAGUGGGGCUGUUGAUGUACCUCCUGGAGUAUAAUCACAAGUAUGCGUCGUUUUGCUGUGGAGUGGCACAUGACUCUUGGCAUCAUGUAAAUACAUGUGGUCUGGAGUCAAGUGAUUAAUCAACAAGAUCAAUCACUUCAGAGCAAAAAAUCUGAAGCAUUUCAAAGCAUUCAUUUCCUGUGCAUGUGAUCGUGUAACAUGAACAGUCCUCACUUUCUUCUGCUGGCCAUCAGGGACAAAAAAACACACAUACACACACACAGCACUCUAUACAGGAGAAUUAUGUAAAUUAUUUAGGUUUGACUACCAGGGAUACGUUGAAUGGAGGCAGGUGAUGUAUGGCAACAUUAUGUAACACUGAAAUGUUGUUUGAAGGCAUUUUCAUAUGUAAAUUUCAUGUUUUGCAUUGACGUUUCUUGGUGAUCAGGGCUUGUAGCUAGAAUUCCAAGAUUUAAGGUUGCAUAUUGAAGUAAAAAAAUUACUUUCAUGUUUUUGGUAAACCGGCUACCUUUAGAUGAAAGAAACCUCUAAUCCCAGUUUUCCCUGUUGUCCUCUUCCUCCUUCAGUCCGUUCUACGGGGAGGAUUUCUACUGUGAGAUCCCACGUAGCUUCAGACACCUCUCCUUCUAUAUCUUUGACAGGGAUGUCUUCAGGAGGGACUCCAGUAUCGGUGAGUUAGCAGCUGCUUCAUCUAAACCUGGGACUCGUUUAUUAACUUAGCAGCUAAAAUGUUUCCUGGCAGCCUCAUUUUUCUGUCGUUUAUUUAAAGUUUUAAUAGAACAUGUUAAAUGUAAGAGUUGAGCCAUAGAUUAUUUAAUUCACAGUUUGCCCCUGAAUACCAGGCUAAUCUAACCAGCUGCUUCCUGUUGCCACACAAAAAUAACACCUUCAUCAUUCAAAAGAUGUGUGUUUGUGUGACAGGAUGUUUUUAAAGUGUGACUGGGUGUGUCAGGUUGCAAACCGUCAGAUUUGUGUUUGUGGGUCUGUGACCACUGAGAACCUCUCCCAUGGUGUGAUUUGUAUCAUCAACGCUAUCACAGCUCGUGCAUAUCUGAGUGUGAUUAUGGGUGUGGGAACAAGAAGUCAACUUGUUAGUUUCGAUAGAGAAAUGACUGGUUCAUUUCCAGGGUAUUUCGCGGGCACAGGGGUUGUUUCUGCACCUGGUGCCUGUCUAUGUGCUAUAAAAAAGAUUGACACACUUUUGCUUUUAAUGCUAUGUUGGGCACAUCUGAGGGGGUAAUGGAUUUCUGUUUUCAACCUAUCUGUCUUUUUGUGUUAUAAUGUGUGUGUGUUGUAAAUGUGCAGGCAAGGUCGCAGUGAAGAAAGAAGACCUGCAAAAAUAUCACGGCAAAGACACCUGGUUCCAGCUUCACCCUGUCAGCGCUGAUUCAGAGGUGCAGGUCAGUACAGAGAGAAAACACACGACUAAGCAGCGUCAUUCAAAACAAAGCACUCUCUCGACUCUCUGUUCUUCUCUUGGAUUUCCAGUUUUGUUACUCAUCUACUUCACAAAAACAUCUGAAAAAAAAGAAACCCUGUCUGUACCACAAUGACCAAAUGUAGCAGUUGCUCAGAUUAGUGUUUUCUUUUACUCUUUAAAGACCCACUCCGAUAAAAAUCAUGUUUUUCUUGUUUUUUAUAUGUUCAUUUGGCAUUUUUCUGAUGCUACAGGACAUAUCAUGAGAAAAAUGAGUGUGAAAUCGCAUCUCUGAGUAUUUCUCUGACAGUCACAGACCCAAACGGCAGGUUCAGAAACAGUGAGAUUUCAUACAUAGCAAAUCCAAGCUCCGCCCCCGGAGCCCUGCGAUGCAGGACAGACUUGGAGAAAUAGAGACGACAAUCGUGGAACAAGCGUGUGUGGCAGCAGAUUGCAAUCCUCGUAAGAAAGCUAAUUAUGAUAUUAACUUUAACCAUGUCACUAAAGACAUUAGUGUCUGAGUGCUGAAUAGCUCCUAUGUUACCUGCUACUUCUGCUGCACAAGCAAUGUUAGGCUGCUAGCUAGCGUGAAGACGAGUGUGCAGAGCAGCGCCGUCUCCGCCCACGACUCAGAGGCAAAUUGCUAAUAAGCUACUGGAGCUCUGCAGUGGAAAAGUCUUUAAAAAUGACACAGGUAACGCGAUUUUGGCUAAAAACUUAAUAAUCACAAUUCAAAGACCACUGAGAACACUUUAAGUAGUAAAAAAAACGAUUGGAGAGGGACUUUAAAACAUUUUGUAAAGCUGGGUUUACAGUUAUCAGACAGAGUCAAAGGUGAUAAAGUUACCAAAGAGAGCUUUAAGAUAUCCACAGUAGCUACAUACAGUAAAUACACUAUCAAUAAAGGUGUUCUUGUUUUGCAAAUGCACUCUGAAGCUUCCACUCUUCCAUUCUCAGCCUUUAUUUGCAUAGAUAGGAGAUAGUGUGUCUGCAUUAAUGUUUCCAGCAGGGCAGGACCCAAAUAAACACAGGUAUGUAUUCACCUGAAACAUCUGAGCUGCAGGGUCAAAGUCACCUGCUGGUUCAUCCUGUAUAUACAGAAGAUCCUAAUUAUUUUAAACUCGUAAACACAACCUGUAAAAAGAUCACUGGGUGAAAGUGCAAAGUCAAAAUCAAUACACUUUCUGUACGAGGAGGAUUGCAGAAUGAGGUGAUCUUAUACAGUAACAGAAACAUGUUUUUAAUUCUUAUCUUAAACAGCUGUGAUGUUUUUGGAAAAAUAAGAGACUAUCCUGAUCAAAUGAGCUUAUUUAUUCCCAUUUAUUCAUUGUUAAAUGAUCUUUAUUGGGGGAAUUCACAUGCAACUUUUGGCACAGUGUUUCUGAUAAGCAUGAGGUCAAACUCAAAAAGGAAAAAAAAAGCAUGUUUGCGCAAUUUACAGUAUCAUUUCAAUUUGAUAUUUCCCUUUCUGACACAUGGUUUGUCUGACAUGGAGACUGCACCUCCCACUGAGCGAUAGCAGCAGGUUAAUAACACAGCGCACACUAAGACUGAAAAAAAAGCUUUAUUUGUGUUUGUUUUUUACUGCGAGUGACUCACAUCUGUGAUUCAUAAAAGUGUCAAGUAAUCAGGUUUUAAGCUGUGCAUGCUUAUUUAAUACAUGUGCUCAUUUUCUCCUAUUCAGUAUUCAACAGUCUCACUCACCCACAGAUGCACGCACAGACAGGAACGCACACACACACAGAGUGACAGACAGUCAGAUCCACAGCGAACAGUAACAUCUGCAGACAGAUGGGUGUGUGUAGCCCUGGAGCAGGGAUCUGAAACAGAGACACAUUCAUCCGAGGAGCCGAGCAGAGGAAGGAUGUGUGAGAGAAUGAGUGUAAAGAGAGAAAGCGAGGGAGAUGGAUCAAAUGAAGAAGGAAGAUAGAGUGACUCUCUUCCCUUUUCAAUAGAGGAUGCAUUGUUUGGCCUGUGCGCACAUGUGUAAGUGUGUGUGUGUGCUUGUUCCCUCUGCUUGAAUCGUCCAGAAAGAGAAACGCCUGUGAGUUUGCAUACUGAUGCUGUUAAUUAAUGGAGCUUUUCUAGACAGCUGCACCACCACACUGUCAUUAUGUCAUUAAUCCAAUCACUUCCAGGGUAAAUUAUUUCGGCAUGACUUCAGGCUCGCGGAUAUUUUCUUUCAGUGUCUCUGUCGACAGGGGAUGACACUUCUCAAACAUAUGUUUAGUCCUGGAAAGAAAUGUUGUUCAUCCAAGUUGUUUGUUAUUGUCCACAGAUAAGGCCUCUUCUAAAAUACUUUUCAACCAUUUACAGUUAAUUCAAUUAAAGACUAAAUUUUGGCACCAUGGAUAAUAAACCAAAAACUUCAGGUUUUUUUGUCAGAAAAACUAUCACGUUUAAAGGGAUAUUCCAGCGUAAAAUUAAUUUAGGCUCAAACACACUGUAACACUGAGUUAGACACCCCCUCAAGAGAUGAAUGUUGCAGGAUGCUUGCUUCACUAGUUAUACUACCUUUAGUAACAACCGCAUGAUAGCAAUACACAGCAGUCUGAGGAGCCAUAAACAAACCUCAACCAAAACGCCACUCUAUAGCCACAAAUAAUACUCAGAACAGCACCUAACUUCAUCAACAGUACAUGUAGGGUCCCAGCCACCAAACAUCUUUUUAACUUUGCCUAAUUUCUUUAGCAAAGAGACUAAACACAACUCACCUACUCUCUUCCAGCAGCCUCUUGUUUGUAGCGAGACCUCAGGCCAGUCCACUAUGGACUGCAGUGGGCUGACGCAGCUCAAGGAAGAACAUUUACGAUCAUUUCUUUAUUAUUUCCUUGAAGUAAUAAUCAUCAUAUUAAACAUGUUGCAUUGCAGACACGGUAGUUUUUCUGCCUUAGCGCCUCAGUCUGAUUGCAUUUCCAUGAAGAAAUGAUCAUAAAUGUUCUUCCUUGAGCUGCGUCGCCCCGCUGUAGUCCGUAAUGGACUGGCCUGAGGUCUCGCUACAAACAAGCGGCUGCUGGAAGAGAGUAGGUGAAUAUUGUUUAGUCUCUUUGCUAAAGAAAUUAGGAAAAAUUAAAAAGAUGUUUGAUGGCUGGGACCCUAUAUGUACUGUUGAUGAAGUUAGGUGCUGUUCUGAGCAUUAUUUGUGGCUAUAGAGUGGCGUUUUGGUUGAGGUUUCUUUAUGGCUCCUCAGACCGAUGUGUAUCAAGCGGUCGGCAACAUUCCAUCUCUCGAGGGGGUGUCUAACUUGGUGUUACGGUGUGUUUGACCCUAAAUUAAUUUUACGCUGGAAUAUCCCUUUAAGUUGUACUGAGGAUUUUAAACAUAACUGAGAGCCUUGCUGCAUUGAGUGACUGACGGGUGCAGCUGUCUGCUUCUCUGUGGCUGAUUUGAUUAAUUGACCCUGACCUACCAUCAUGGAUUUCACUGGCUUGCGUGGUGAGCACAUGUGAUAUGCAGAUUCUAAGGUGUUCACGGAUAGACAGCAGAACUCCAGACAUGAACAUUCACAAGCGUGUGUAACGAGGGUCCGUCUGUGUGCUUGUUUCCUGCAGGGGAAAGUGCACCUGGAGCUGCGUCUAAGUGAAGUCAUCACAGACAGUGGAGCCAUCAACCAUAAACUGGCCACACGGUGAGGCUGCACGCACAGAUACACACACAGAUGUUGUUUGGCGUGUUUUGUUUUUUUAUUCAUGCACUGUGUUACGCAUCUAUCACCUUAUCUUUGAGUUUUUUUGCAGCAUUUUCACAAAAUCUAUAUGAGAUAAUUCAAAACUAAUAACCAGUGGAUGAAUCCUGACUAACUUGGUGAUCUGCUGACACAAAACGUCACAUCAGAGCUUCAUUUGCUCAAACAAAAACCUGAUUUUUCCAAGUUUAAGACACUCAGAUGAAAGAAAAAUGUACUUUUCAUCGCUAUUAUUGCUUUGUCACUGUGAACAUGGAUACCAGUGUUUUUGCUCAAUUUAAGGGUUUUGUAAGAGCUCUCUAUGAUGGCUUAAUUUAUGCAACGAGCUUCACAAUCCCUCCAAGGUGCAUGGCUUGUUGCCCAGCAACAGCUUUUGACUGGUAUAGAGCUGGUUGAAGGUUAGGGCUUUUUGACAAGCAUGAAUCUGUUCCUGAAUGUUUGAAUCAAUAUGUUGUGGUGUAAGAGUCAUGAGCUCAUAAAUCUGCCCGGCUACAGCGCGGUGUCAUUGUUUGGUUUGCGGUGUGUGAAACGUGGUCGUACGUCCGUGCGGUAUGUGAACCUUAAUGUCUGCAGGGGAUCAAUGAUAAUCAAUGAUUAUUUGGUGUGUACAUGUGUGUGUGCCUGUCUGCUCCCCCCGGCUCUUCUUCUGUAACAUGUAGCAGUAAAGUCCGAUGAGGAGCCAGCGUGGCUCCGUUCCCAGAGCACAUUGUGGGUAAGGAGCUUAGAGCGAGGGGUCCUCUCGUUAGAUCUCUCUAGAAAGACACGUGUACAGAGCCGCAUCCAUUCAGCUCCACAGAUCAGCUGGAAGAAAUAUUAGCCUUUGAAUUUCUUUGUGUUCAGAAAUGAGGAGGAGAAAGAUAUUUGUGACAUGUACAUUUGCUGACAAACUUACAAAGUUUGUAGGAGCAUUUCUUUAAUAGGAACCAGAUCUACUUCAUUUCCAUUUGGUGCUACUUGAUUCUCACACUGAACCGCAGUUCAGAGAAAAGAAACUUUUCACUCUUCUAUAUUUAGUAAUGUGGCUUUUUUUAAAACUCCUUUUGAUACAAACUUAUAUAGGAAACCAGACAAUGACCAUUUCUGUUACUUCCAAAGUCUGGAAAUGCUGCUGAAGGGUAGGUGUGAAAAAGCCUUUUUGUUUUUACACUAGGAAGGAUUCACAAAGAGAUUAACUUAAAACAAAGCAGAUUUUUUUUGUGACUGAACACUCCAUUGCAAUUCCAAGAAGUAUUCAGCAAAGGCACAAGAAGGAGAUUUUCUCCCCUGGUGGUGCCAAAGCUAACACAAACAAAAAGCUCCUCUCAAGAAGAGCUACUGGAGCUACUAUGUUCAGUUUAUCAUGAACAAAUACCAACAUGACAGGCAAGUACUUUGACAAUAUUGACAUGUUUGCGAUAAUGAUGUAACCCCAUGUUUUACAAUUUACACGCUAAACUGUCAGAUUUUUUGCAUAAAAGGGGCUUUUGUGCUAAAAACCUUAAAAUUGUGUCUACCAAAUCUGCUCUUUUGCUAACUUUUUGUAAACUUUUAUUUAAAGUUUUCGGUAACACUUUAAUUCACGCCUAUCUCUAUAACGCAUUAAAAAUACAUGUAUAAUGCGUUAUAAUCAUGCUAUAGUUGUCAACACUCAUAAAUGAUCAUAAUGCUCCAUAGCAAUAAUCAUAACACAUUAUAAAGCAUUUUAUCAUGACUUACAAGGUCAGGUAUUAUAAUGUGUUUUAACUGUUAACAACUCACUGACAACGCCCACAUAGAUAACGCAAUUCAACUGUUGUUAACAUUUUUAAUGCAUUAUAAUACCUUAAUAGGUCAUGAUAAAAUGCUGUAUAAUGUGUUAUGAUUAUUGCUAUAAAGCAUUAUGCAUAAUAGCAUAAUAUUUAUAAUGCGUUAUAGAGAUAGGCGUCAAGUAAACUGUCACCAAGUUUUCUUAUGCAGCAAUAAUUGGUGUUGCAUUUACAAAUACUCACAAAAUUAGUUCAUAGUAAGUAAAAAAUUAUUUUCAAUUUCUGCCACACUACCUUUUUUAUAGUCAAAAUUUCUCUCUUUCUGCACUAACCUCAGGUCUACUUGGCUACGAAGGAGCUGCAACUGCUUAUGUUGAAAAAUGAAACCAGUGUGAAGGUUCAGAAAACUGCAGCUUCUUGAGGGUCCCUUUGAGGGUCCCAUCAAAGCCCAUUUUAACACCUCCUUUCCACUAACAUAAGUGUCCAUAGGUACAUAGAAUAACUGAUGAUGCCUCUAGAGUUCAGCACAAGGGAUGUACAUAUCUUUACUGAAAAAAUGGAAAACCACAGACUCUACUUGUUUCCCUCCUCAAACUUCCAGUCUUCAGUCUCAUGCAUGCAGACCCAGCUGGCAUCCCUUGACUUUAUUAGACUUCCCACAGUUCACUCUUUACAGCCACCAAAGUUCAAAGUAACUUCUUUCAGAUAUACAGUGCCUCAUCACUUCUAAACAGACUGGUGUGAUGUAUACCACAAUCAUUUUAUACAGUAUCAAUACUUCCUUCUCCGCUGUAGUUGUCUGUCAUUGAGUUUUGAUUUUAUAGCAAAAAGAUGGGAAAGUUUCAAUCUACUGUCACAAUUGAAUUCAACAUUUAGGUCUUCUUGUUUUUAAUUCUUCACCAUUCAGCCGUCAACGACAUCGACUUAUUCUCACGCCUGUUUUUUUUUUGUGUGAGGUUUUGGUACAGUGAUGUAAUUCCCUUUUCCUUCUCAUUUGAGUGAAACUGUUUUUGACAGGAUGCGUGGGCGCAGAAAAUAAAGCAACCCAUUAACCUAAUAUGAGUAACGUCAACUAAAACAAAUAAGUCUGCCUCAUCACCGCUGUCUGACAUGUCAGCGCCCACAGCGAUGAGGAGAGAGAGCGAGGGAAAGAGAGAGAGAGGCAGAGCUGAAUAGUAGGCCAAGCAGGGGUUAUAUAAACAAGCUUAUUGGACAGGAAGCGCUCUGGCAUUAGUGAUGCUUAACCCAGGCCCCUCCUUAUUCCUUGUUAGGAACCUGUGUGUGUGUGUGUACGUGUGUGUUUAGUACAGUUGUGGGCAGUGUGGUGAUUUGCUGUGUAAUUCACCAUGAGCUGUGAGUAGUGGUGCAUCACCAUGACACACAGGAAGCGAUUCGUCCUGUCGGGUGUCCUGUCCUGUUUGGGUGUUAAUCCCCUUACAGAAUGAUGUCAUUGUACCGAACUCUCACACACAGAAAGAGACACAGAUAGAUAGAUAGAUAGAUAGAUAGAUAGAUAGAUAGAUAGAUAGAUAGAUAGAUAGAUAGAUAGAUAGAUAGAUAGAUAGAUAGAUAGAUAGAUAGAGACAUAGAUAGAGACAUUGAAAGAUGGUAUUAUAAUUGUUUCUAACUAUACUAAUUUUCUCUAAUAGUUAACUUUUCAGAGGACUGUAGUUUUAGUUAGUUCUUUUAUUUUACAUAGAUAAAUAGAUGAGUGACUGACGGCCCUGUUGACAAAUCUGGGCCACUGCUGUGUACUGUACCGGGUCAGCUGAGUGGCCAAGUGCUGAGAGAGGACGCAAGAAACAAGUAUAACAUUGAACCAUUUAUUACGGCUCAGUUAAAUGCAUGUUUUGGUUUGUGGUGAGAGUGUGACUCCAGCUCACUGAGGCAGUCUCUUACUUCAUAUCACACAGUGGGCUGAAAUAAAGACACACUGUCAAUUUUAUAUACAAUAUGCUUUUUUUAAAAUGAUAUUUGGAUAGUUUGCAUUAAACUGGAUUUUUAGGACUCUAAAUGAUAAGUUCAACAGAACUUAAGCUACGUAUAUAAACUUUAUUAGCAGUUUGACCCCAUUUAGAUCUUUCCUCCUUUGUGGAUCUUCCUCUAAUGGCCGUGUACGAGUCUUUAAAUUCAGGACCUGAUGAGGUUGUCCUCAGAAUAAAUCACUGAAUGUUUCCUCAGAAUUUUGCAUUUUUUCUUCCUCUGAUGAUCAUUACGAUGGAGUAUUAGGGCCACAUUAAGAAAAAAAAAUUAAGACUUCGAGAAAAAAAGUUGUUGAUUUACAAGAAUAAAGUGAUUACUAACGAGAAUAAAGUCGUAAUAAAAUCAUUACUUACGAGAAUAAUGUCGUAAUAAAGUAAGUCCUUAUAAUCUAACCUGUUGUUUAAGAGGACAGUUGUUGACAUGAGAGCCAUGGAGCAUUUCGUAAAAAUGUACUUCAAUAUAUGUAACUUAAACAAGGAGAUACUUUAUUUUUCGGCACACAGCACCACAUAAUCAUAAGUAUCAUGAUAUUUUUUUACGACUUCAUUCUCGUAAGUAAUGAUUUUGUUAUGACUUUAUUCUUGUAAGAAAUUACUUUACUACGAUUUUAUUCUCGUCAGUAAUGACUUUAUUCUCGUAAAUUAACAACUUUAAUCUCAAAGUUUUAUUUAUUUAUUUCUUAAUGUGGUCCUAGUUCUUCGUCAUAGAUCAGAGAUGCAAGAGUCCUUCUCCUGACCAACUUUUGAUUGUUACAGAUAUCACGUCUCAAAUACUCCUUGCAUUCAGAUCCUUGUUUUAUCUACACCAGAGAAAGGAUUCUGUCCAUUUCCCUGGAUUCAGGCUGUCCUCUGCUUCCUUAUUUUAUUUGGUCUCUACAGUGCUCUUUGUUCGACGUUUGUAGUUGCUGGAUCACACAGGAUUUAGAAUUGGCACAGCUCUGCGCCAACAGCUCAAACAGAAUUACUUCCCUCCAUCUCUUUUCAUCUCACCCGCUCUCUCCGUUUCUGCACUUCUUACAUACAGACACACCUUACGUAGACUCGAGGGGCCAUUUUCACACAGUGGAAAAAUAUCAUUGAGCUGACUUGGACCAAAAUUUACAAGCGAGGACUUCUAGCGUAGGAGUGAGCUCCACAUGAAUGGACCAGAUGUUUAAUGUCUGUGAAAAGAGGUGGGGGGUUGCUGCAACACAUGACACAUUUUUUUUUAAGUAUGGUCUUAAGUCAUCAAUCUAUAGAAAAAGUGAAGAGUCAACUUUUUGCAUUAGAACUUUUUACUCUCCUCACAUUCACUUGGCAUUUGUCCUAAGUUGCACAACACUUGGAUUUCUUCAUGUUGUUUCAUGACGGGCAGUUAAAAUAAACCGAUUUUGUGGUCGAGUUGAUUGGAAGCAGCGUCCUUACGCUUGAUCCAGCGUUUGAGGGCUGGUGAGAGCGGUGGGUCUCACGCUGUCUUUAUGGGCUGAUGAAGCUAAAAAGGACAAGCAGAGAUUGGGUGAGCGUUCUCGUCGGUCUUUAUUGAAAAUCAUUGUUGCUUCGACGACUUUAAAGGCAGAUCAGCAUCGUUUAAAAGCACCCUGAGGAAAGCUGUCGUCUGAUUUGGGUUUAUUGUAAUGGUUUUAGUUUCAUCAUCAACUUUUAGUGCAACAAGCCCUGAUUUUGUGCGCUAAGGGCAGGCAGUCAGAGUGAGAUCUGACUGUGCUAAUGAUGCAUUAAAAUUAGCAUCCUGUUAAUGUGUUACAGGUGUGUACAAGUGAACGCAGUGUGCUUAUUCAUUAAUGGUUUGUGUGUUUCUGCAGAGUAUUGGAGUGCCAAGGCCUUCCUAUCGUCAACGGCCAAUGUGAUCCCUACGCUGCUGUGUCUUUACUAGGGCCUUCAAGGUGAGAUCUCUAAGGACAAUUGGACCGGAUUUUACCUGUCACCUGACACCUGGCCUUUGUUAACUGGAUGUUCAACUUUGGAUAAACGUGGAUUUAACUCUAUCUGCCUUUCUGCUUCUCUCAGGUCAGAAGCAAAGAAGACCAAAGUGAAGAGGAAAACCAACAAUCCUCAGUUUGAGGAGGUUUUCUAUUUUGAGGUAAACAUAUUUUUAUAUAAGUUAAAGUUCAACCUGAUCUUGACCAGAUAUCUAAGUAGUCUAACCAGUUAAAUAUGUUUGUUUUCAAUCAGAAGCGGCUGCUAGAGGGUGUUAUUUGUACCACACCAAACUGUGUAACUAUUUAUGUCAAAAGUUUUGGCCAGCAGAGAAACUGGAAGCUAUGUCUUAUUUCAAAAUGACCUUUCAAACAAGUUAAAGUUUAAUUUAUUAAUUCAAUCUCUACAAAACCACACUGACAAACCUCCUUGCAUACCAUUUCUACUGUUGCAACCAAAUCUGCAAGUGCCAAAAAACAAAGUGUCUGCCUUAUUCUUAGUCUUUGAGAAUGAUUUUAAUCAUUGCCAGAGUUUUACUUACUUUAAUUCAUAUUUACGAGUUUAUAUUUAGAUCUGUUUUUCACACAUGCAUACACACUAUCUCUCUCUCUCACACACAAACUCUCUCACACACUGCCCCCGUUAACCCUCACUCCGCAGCAGCUUUGACAUUUUUGUGUCGCCCCUCCCUCUGGCUGUAGCACUACAAGACAGCAGGACAAGAGUAUGAUUGAUUCGGACAAACCACCAAACAAUCUGGCCCAUUGAUUUCUAUCUGACAAGACUGUCUCAUUUAUUCCCCACCACCACCACCACAUGAGCAGGACUCUGCCUGAAGCCCCCCUCUGAUUCACACACAAAGGUCCACAUCCACACGCAAACUCAGCCAUCCAUCAUGUAUACCCGUCAUGUGAUUGUUCCUUUUUAUUCUUCAGAUUUGAUGUCCUCUUUCUUUUGAAUUUACACGGACCCUGUGAUAUCCAAAUCUUACUUCCUUUCUCUAUGAUUUGGGCCGAGGCUCAUUUUGGCCGAAAUAUAAACAGAUGUUUUUGAGUUUUUACCGAUGAAGAUGGAUUUUGUUGUAUUUCUUUUGGAUACAACACAUCAAAUUAAAUAGAUCUGAUUGAAUUGGCUGCUGAUUUUAACAACAGUUAUUGAAUAUUGAAUAUUUUUGCAGCAUUAUGGAUCAGUAUUGUACUUCUUUGAGUUGCCCGUGCACACUUGAGUCAAGGCUGGAAGUACAAGGGGUGUUUUAUUACAAGACAAAAAGUAAGGAGUUUACUUGAUUGUAAUGAGUAAAAUGGCUGCAAGCAGAACUUUCUUAAUAAACUGAAACAAAUGUAAUACCUAUUUUAAGGAACUUAAAGAAAAUUUUGGCCUAAAAUAUGGAGCAAAGAAAAAUUCUUUCCAACAAAAUACUUGAGGUUAAAGUAAAGUUCUGGUUUUAAAAUGUACUCAAAGUACAAGUGGACAAUCUUUAAUUUCUUUUCCUUGUUAUUAUUAUGUAAAUAUUUACACAAGUAUGUAUGUAUAUAUUCAUGUAUAUCCAUAUGGGAACAUGUAGGAUCGUGUGCAUAUUUGCAUGUAUUUUAUUUUGAAUUAAGUUGUUGUUUGUUUGUUUGUUUGUUUUUUUCCUUUACUGAGUGGAGUACAUAGGGAAAAGGGCUUUGGGGUGGAGAGGGGGUGUUUCUCUGUUCAAAAAUGAGACAUUAUUGAUGUUUAUAUGUUUGUUGUUGUAUAAUUGUUUAAAAAAAAAAGAGAGAAAAAACAUAAAAAGACCGUGACUAAAAAAGUACAGAAGGACAAAAAUUAUACUAAAAUAUACCCCUGGGUGCAACCAAUAAUUACUUAGAUUUUUAAGUAACGUCAUCAAUAACAACACUUAAAUAGGAUAUUUUGUAAACUAUCAAUCAAAAACAGAUACAUGACAGUGCUACAGGUAUCAAACUAUGAAAUCUUUACAUUUGACAAGUUGAAAUCAUGAAUAAAACAGUUAAUUUCUGCUUCUGUGCUCGAUUCCUCUCUUUAUAAAGAUGGCUCUGCUGCUAACAGACUUUCUCAUGUUCAUUUAAAACUUCUACUGUGUCUCUACUUCUAGGUAACGCGGCCGCUAAGCUACACAAAGCGCCAGUUUGAUGUUGAAGAGGAGGAUGUUGACAAGCUGGCUCUGAGGUGAGACGGCUGAUAUCUUCAUCCUCUGUCUCUGUGUUACAUAAAGAAUUCCCAUGUGAUGAACUGCUCUGUGUUCGUGCUCAGGGUGGAUCUGUGGAACGCCAGCAACCUCAAGUUUGGGGACGAGUUUUUGGGCGGUGUGCGUGUUCCUCUGCGGGUCCUGGGUCAGGCUGGGGUCCACGAUGCAUGGUUAGUCACACACACUUACACACUUCUGAACACAAACACACCGCUGUCUCCAUUUACUCUCUCCUGCCCUGUUUAUGGUUUUUCUCACUGUCUCCCUGCUGGGGUUGGGUGGGCUUGAUUUCAUUACCAUUGGCACUCUGAGUAUGUGUUGCCAUAGCAACAGCCGAGCAGUCGCAACAAUAAUAAUCGUUAACGAGUGACCUGCUUCAAACUUUGUAAUCUAAUCAAUGUAGAUUAUUUCCUGAAGAUGAACAACAAAGCCUCUUGUAUUUUUACAUUUAGCAUUUAUUUCAGCCGUGUUUUGUCCACUCAAGGAUUUGUAGUCCAGGAUUUACUCGGUCGCUUUAGAUGUUUGAAGCACUACUAAGUUCCCAAACAAACUGCUAACUGUGUCUUUUUGCCGUUUGUGUAAGGUGUAUUGUUUCUGGAUUUAUCUAUGAAAAGAGAAACUCAUAAUGAGGUUGUCGAACGGUGAGGAAGUGAACCAAAAAUAAUCGCUUUAAAAACAGCAGCUAUAUUGGAUUGUAUUCUUUCUUCUUCAGGUACUUUCUUCAGCCGAGGGAAAACGGAGGGAAGUCAGUCAAAGUAGAAGAGCUCGGCUCUCUGCGUCUUAAUAUCGUUUACACUGAGGACCACGUCUUCCCCUCUGAACACUACACCCCCCUCAGAGAUCUACUGCUGCAUUCUGCUAACGUUGGGGUAUGUAUGCAUGAGCACAUCUUACACACAGUGUGGUGCCCCGCAGCAUCCUCAAGUGUUAGCUGUAUUACACUUCACUGUUUGAAGACUGUUCUUUCAUUCUUCUGUGUUUAGCCCGUGUCGGCAUCCACGGCUCAUAUUCUUGGGGAGGUCUGCCGGGAGAAACAAGAAGCAGCCAUCCCACUUGUGCGACUGUUUCUUCACUAUGGCAAGAUUGUGCCUUUUAUCAGCGCCAUAGCUCACGCUGAAGUCAACCGCACACAGUGAGUGUCUCAUCACAGCUUCUGCAUGUUGAAGAAGGAUGUAGUUUUCCUCUUUUUGUGUGUAAAAUCAAACACUUUAACCAAUACAAGCCUGCUGAAAGACGAUUAUUUGUAACAAAUUUUACCACUUCAUUAAGCAUCAAUGUAUUAAAAAAGCAUUGUAGUGAGUUGAAGAAAUGAGGUCGUCAGAUUGUGUGUCAUAUUUGCAAGCUUCACAUUUUGAUUUAAAGGGAUAUUCCGGCAUAAAAUCAAUUUAGGGUCAAACACACCAUAACACGAUUUAGACACCCUCUUGAGAGAUGAAUGUUGUCGACCGCUUGCUUGUCUAGUUAUACCAACUUUAGUAACGACCGCACGAUAGCAAAACACAGUGGUCUGAGAUGCCAUCAACAAACCUCAACCAAAACGCCACUCUAUAGCCACAAAUAAUGCUCAGAACAGCACCUAACUUCAUCAACAGUACAUAUAGAGUCCCAGUCACAGCACUAGCCACCAAACAUAUUUUUAACUUUGCCUAAUUUCUUUAGCAAAGAGACUAAACACAACUCACCUACUCUCUUCCAGCAGCCGCUUGUUUGUAGCAAGACCUCUGGGCGAAUACAUUGACUGCAGCGGGGUGACGCAGCUCAAGGAAGAACAUUUAUGAUAAUUUCUUCAUGGAAAUGCAAUCAGACCGAGACGCCAAGGCAGAAGAACUACCACGUCUGCAGUGCAAAAUGAUUAAUAUGGUGAUUAUUACUUCAAGGAAAUGAUAAAGUAAUGAUCAUAAAUGUUCUUCCUUGAGCUGCAUCACCCCGCUGUAGUCAGUAAUGGACUGGCCCGAGGUCUUGCUACAAACAUGCGGCCGCUGGAAGACCACUGUGUAUUGCUUUCAUGCGGCCGUUUCUAAAGUUGGUAUAACUAGCGAAGCAAGCGGUCAGCAACAUUCAUCUCUCGAGGGGGUGUCAAACUCGGUGUUACGGUGUGUUUGACCCUUAAUUAAUUUUACGCCUGAAUAUCCCUUUAAAGGCACAUUGAAGCAGCCACAGUAAUACAGUUCAUUAAACUCAUAAAUAGUUACAGCAUUUUUAAAGCUGACUUUUAACAGAACUUAAAACACAAGCCCCUCCUCUCUCUAUCUCUGUAGGGAUCCUAACACCAUUUUCAGGGGAAACUCGCUGACAUCCAAGUGCAUUGACGAGACCAUGAAGCUGGCAGGGAUGCACUAUCUCCAAGUCACACUCAAACCCAUCAUCGAUGAGGUAUGCUGUUUCCUCGUUUACUCAUCGAGUAUUUGCUCCUUCUGUUUCCAGAUGUCAGCCUCUCUUUGUUUCUUAGAUCAAUUCAUAUCACAUUUCUAAGAAUUUCUCUAAAUAAUUUAUGAGACGAUAUUUCUUUGAUAACUCCUCGCAGAUUUGCGCAGAACACAAACCUUGUGAAAUCGAUCCGGUGAAGCUGAAAGAGUCAGAGAACCUGGAGACAAACAGGGUAAGAAGAAUACUUUAUUGUGUGUUUCUGCCUUUGUGUGUUUGUCUGUUGUAUCAUCGGACUUAUCCGCCCACCACCCAAUCUCUCUCCUCCUCAGGAAAACCUUCGUCAGUAUGUGGAUCGGAUCUUCAACGUCAUCACCACCUCUGGCGUUCGCUGCCCAACCGUCAUGUGCGAUAUCUUCUUCUCUUUGAGAGAGUCGGCUGCCACCCGUUUCCAAGGUAACUCACCUCCUGAAUGACUUCAAGAGAGGAAGGAGAGAAAGCACACGUUUAAUAAGAAGCAGGAAAUGGAUAAUAAAGAACAGGAUGUGUGAGACGUCCAAGGACACUUUCUUCUUUUUGUGCUCUGCUAUUUGUGUCAAGCCUGAGAACAAUUAAGACUCCUACACAGUUAUUAUGAAUAUGACGGAUGACCAGUGCUGUAUACUUUGCUGCCCCCUGUUGGCUGAAAAAGGCCACAGGAGGAAUACCUAUUUCACAUGAUGGAUUAUAUACAGUUGAAUACUGUGUCUGUGCAAUUGAUUUGUAAUUUAUGUAUUGGUAUGAUCUGAAAACAGUCUUCCAAAGUUAACAUCAUAGAGUUUAAAACAGAUGCUAAUAUUCAAAUAUCCAAGAGGAGCUUCUACAAGAUUUAAAGAUUAAAACUAUUAGUUGAAAAGGAAAAGGAGAUGUAGAAUAGUUCCAGUAUGAAACAUAAUAAACCCAGAAAAUCAAACCCGAGGUCCGAGAUUGUACUCCUUUUGAAGAAAAGCUUUCUGAGUUUUGACAGAAUGAAACUUUACAUUCAUUUGAAGCUGCUGUGAUGACUCAUCGGCAGCUCUGUCGCCUCUUUGUAUCUGCAGGAAGGCUGAGGAGCAGGUCUAUUCAAGCGUAUGAACACAAGCUUUUCAUAAUGGAAAUCAUACAUACUAAGACUCAAAAUCUUGUAUUUACUUCAAACAAUUAUUCAAUCAUAAUCCAAUCAGUUUUGGUACCAAGUUAGCCUGAGACCAGGCAGUGAAACCAAAGCACUGGUCAUAUCAAACAUCAGCUGAGUUUGAGUUUGCUAAACAGCAUCUGCAUUUAUUGUAUAAAUUAAUUAUCAUUUGUAACAGAAAUACUAAUCACAGGAUUAAUUACUACAGACCUACAAUUUAAUCUUAAAAUCAUUAUAUCCUGUGGUCCUGGUUCUGCUCAAUAAGUAGAGCAGCCAUCCCAUGUACAUAGGAGUUAGUUCUGUUUGGUCCCAGCACGAUUUGGUGUAUGAAGUCCCUCACUCUUAAAUGAGGUCAAAUUACCAUUAAAAACCUUAUAAUUCCACAUUGAAAAGGAAGUUCUGUUCUUGUGCGUCAUACAUUCACAAAAAUUCCCACUUACCAGUAAAAGUGAUAGAAAACAACAUUUACUGCCUCAGGAAUUAUAUUAAAUAUUCAACAAUGUUGAACAGACUUGUAAUAUAUGUUGUGAUUUUAAUGCUGUUUGUUGUGUUUGAAUAAAUUCCUUUACUUUUCUUAUUAUUUUCUCUGCUCUCCAGUUGAUCAAGAUGUGCGAUACACGGCAGUGAGCAGUUUCAUCUUCCUGCGUUUUUUUGCGCCAGCCAUCCUCUCCCCUAACUUGUUCCAUCUACGGCCACACCAUCCAGUGAGUCUCCAAUCUUAAACAAACAUGUAGUAAAAUCAUUAACACAGUACCAUUGGGGAUACUUUAUAAUGGUGAUUGUUCUCUUUAGGAUCCCGCCACCUCUCGAACCCUCACCCUCAUCUCCAAGACAAUCCAGACCCUGGGAAGUCUUGCCAAGUCUAAAUCUGUGAGCAUCCUUGGAAUGAAUGCGUGGAUUUCAGUUCUUAGACAUGUGACUAAACUAGACUUCUGUGUAUUUGCUUUCAACACAUCUUACUGAUGUUUCUCUGUCUUUUAUUCUUUCCCAGGCCAAUUUCAAAGAGUCUUACAUGGCUGCAUUUUAUGACUACUUCAACGAGCAGAAAUAUGCAGACGCUGUGAAGAAUGUGAGUGUUCGGUUUCUUUCCUUCUUGCGCUCAAAAAACUCGGCCAGUGUGUCGACAUGCCAUCAGAUACUCUUGUUGUUUUGUAUGUUGGAUAAAAAUAACCUGAGAUGACUGGAUAGGAAAACCUGUUUGUUUCUGCACAACAGUUGAGACAAACUGAGACAAAUUGUUUUUUAAGUCGGUUAAAGUUACCACUGUGACGGAUUUUGAUACAUGGCAUCUUUUGAUUCUCUCUACAGUUCCUGGAUCUGAUCUCCACCUCUGGGAAGUGGGAUCAGAAGAGCAUCGAAACACCAAUCAUGCUCAAAGAAGGGUAAGGACAUAACUAUUUUGUUUCUAUCCCUAACUUGAAAAUCAUUCUCUUAAUACUGGAAGUUAUUUGAAAUUUCAUGAUUAGGUCGACUCCUCCUCUAGUGUUGCAAUACGGUCUGUCUUCCUUUUCACUCUUAUCGAGCAGCUUCUGUUUUUGUUGUGCCUCAUUGUGGUUGUCUACUUGUUACUGGUUUAACUUUAAAAAUGUGGGUUGAAAAGAGGAUGAGUUUUUGAGAAGUGCUUAUGUCACUCUCUCACAUUACAGAGGUGGCUGUGACACUUUUGUGAAAAGCGAGAAAGACAAGCAAAAAUAACUGACUGACUCAGCGGUAUAAUCCAUUAACCAGCAGGUCUAAAUCUAAAACGUCAACUGUUAUAAGUCAUAAUUUUCAGUCUUUUCAAAAUAACAGAGCAUGUAGAAGUUAAUUUCUGGUUUAUAUUGGGAUAUUUUAUUGCUUGGCAGAGAAAGCACUAGUUUCCUGGAGUCACUGGAGUGCUAAGUAAGGCUAUAUGAAACCUAAUAAAUCAAUGAUGGUUCGUUUUCUCUCCAAACUGAAAAACGAGAAUGCAACCUGUGAAUAUGAGAGCCAAGUUAGUUCUUACCUUAUUGCUGUUUUUAUGUGACUCAUUCCUUAAAUUUGAGGCUAUGAUUCUGGCACUUUCUGCAGGCUGUUGUUUUGAUGAUGUUUCUAAUGAGGCUGAAAAAGACCAGGAGAGUUUCCAGUUGACAGUAGUUAUGUCAGUGCUUUGUUCAACAUCCCCACCUUCUUUUGUUUCUGCUACCAUGGCGUAGGAGUGUAAAACUCACUAUAAAGAGGGUUGAUGGGAAGGGGUCAAAAGGCACAAAGGGCAGGUAAGAGCUUCUCUGUGUAAAGGCUUUGCCCUCGUGAAUCCCCUCCCCGUGUUUGCACUGUAACCUCCUCAAACCUAGCCGGCUAUUUUCUCUCCCAACAUGCGCAACUGUAGAUGCUGCUGCGCUUGACUUUAUACCCAGCCCUGUGUUAAAAUCAGUGGAUUGUCACACCCUCUGACCCUGUGCAGUGGUGGUUUUAGCCCCUCUGUGUUCACAAAUUAGAAGUAUGAUGCCUACAGGGACUGAAGUGGUAUAAAGUGAAGCAUUUGCCUAAAACCUGCUUAUGUAGGAGGCGUUACUGGUGCUAGUAGCUCAUCUCGCCAUGCAAGACAUGCUUGGUGUGACUGUGAGCAGGGGUUGGUUAGUGUACCGACUAUCAGGGAUCUCAUAUUUGCCCUUGUCUUGACCCUUUAAAACCUUUUUCCACACUGUGACAAACGUAAGUGUCCAAGUAGUCCAAGUUUACUCGCCACAGAGUUGUAACUUUGGUGUUUGUGCUUCAUAUUCAGUGUUUCCUCUGCCCCUCAAACUCUCAAACAGACACAUCCCGGUGUUUACCCUCCCUGGAUAAUCCAUACCAGUGAUUUCACAUGUUUUAUCCCUUUACUAUUACCCCAGAUCACUGUUCAGUAUUUCCAGUCAAUCAUAUUUCCAGUUUAGAUUGAUUUCACAUGGCAGACAUCCACUGCUUUCAUGUAUUUAUUUACACUGUCAAAGUUAAACUGGUUUGGAAAUGUCAAUGGAAACAGAAAUAAAUAGAUCUAUACUAGGAGAAAUUAAAGAAAAAGCAAAUAUGUAAAAUAUUAAGCAGAUAAAAAGAUUAUAAAUAUGAACAAAGAUUAUAAUAUGACAUCUAUAUUUUUUUAUAUUAAAACAUUUAAAAAAAGAGACAAAUUCCAUCCAAAUUUUUUGUCCGAGGACAAUAUAGCGUCUUCUCUUCUCUUCUCUUUUCUUCUCUUCUCUUCUCUCCUCUUCUCUUUUCUUCUCCUCUCUCCUCUCCUCUUCUCUUCUUUUCUCUUCUCUUCUAUUCUCUCCUCUUCUCUUCUCCUCUCUCCUCUCCUCCCCUCUUCUCUCCUCUUCUCUUUUCUUUUCUUCUCUUCUCUUUUCUUCUCUUCUCUUCUAUUUUUUCUCUUUUCCUCUCUUCUCUUCUCCUCUCUUCGCUUCUCUUCUCUUUUCUCCUCUUCUCUCCUCCCCUCUUCUCUCCUCUUUUCUUUUCUUUUCUUCUCUUCUCUUUUCUUCUCCUCUCCUCUCCUCUUCUCUUCUUUUCUCUACUCUUUAGCAAAUAAUAAACAGGUAAGAGGCGUCCCAAACUGCAAAGUAUAAAACGGAACAUCCCUUUUGCAAUUUUUAGCAUUUGUCAACAACACAAAAUCACUGAAACUAUUGAAAGACUUCCUGCUAAUCUUUGAGUUUAAAAUAAUGCCACCAGUGGCUGGAGUCUGUUUGAAAACUUGUUAUGAUUUGGAAAAUCUGAAGAUAUCAUUUAUAGAUUUUAAGGGUUAAACAUGCAAAAUCGUGGUUACUUUUGAUCCGCUGACCGUUCUCCCUUCAGACUCAUAGACUUACGAAUCUAUGAGCGCAGUAUUGAGCAUGUACAGCCAAGAUGAGCGAGAGAUAACUGCAAGCAUGUGAAUGCAACGAUAAAUCUGGGCAGUUCACGAGACCCAAAUUAAAUUAGAGAUAAUGAGUUUGUACAAUUUGGUUAAUUUCUGCUCUGAAAUGUUCAGGUAAUGCACUUAUUUUUGGAGUGUACUCAUAUUUGAAGGAUGCAUUCAGAGACUGUUUGGUGUAUUUGAAGAUGUAUGUGAAAUAUGAGCCUCUCUAUCAGGCUUUUCAGUGGAAUUUCUCUCACUGCUUUUUCUUAGAUUCAUGAUCAAGAGAGCUCAAGGGAGAAACCGCUUUGGUAUGAAGAACUUUAAAAAGAGAUGGUUUCGCCUCACCAACCACGAGUUCACUUACCACAAAACAAAAGGUGAGGUCAAAGAUUUCUCAGGGUUUUUCCGAACAAUGCGUUGUUUUCCUCUUUGUUUAUGUCCUCUUGUGAGCUCGUGAGAGAAUCAGCAGAAGGAAAGGGGGAGGCAAACUGCUUAAUGUACUUUCUGAACACAAUGUGCAUUCAACACAUGUGGUGGUGAUUAUGAUACUGCGCAUGCAAAACAUUAGUGCUGCAUCCAAACAAGCUCAGGCAAAAAAAACAACAACAACAGUACACAUAAACAGUUUGCAUUUCCAGAGUGCGUAUGAGACGUUUACUCAGAUUACUUAACUUCAAACUAAAAAAGUUUAAACUUUUCAAUUUAAACUAUGUUUUUGACAAACACUGUUUACCCACAAUCCAAUGCAUAAGAAAUAAGUUGUCUACAGCUGCCAAAAUCUUGAGUAAAAAGCAUACAAAAGUGGACAAAAACCGUAAGUCUCUGAUUUCUGUCCCCUUGAAAAUCUAUUAGCCACACUCCUCAGUGAAAACCUUUAAAUAUGACAUUGAACAACUUCAGUGAAAAUGCAUAUCUCUUAAAAAUGCCCUAAAUGUAAGAGGACCGAUGGAACAUUUAUGCUUAUGUUUUGGAAAUAUGAUCUUCUAUAAAAGUUUCUGGAAAUCAGUUCAUUCCUUCACAUAAUCAGUUUUGGAAAUUGAAUUUGAUCUCAAACCAAGCUUGUAUCUUUUAAAUGAUACAUUGGAUCUUCAGUUGGACCGGAAAAAAAGCAGGAUAUUAAUAUUAAUCACAUAUUUCACUAAGAAAUGUAAACUUUCACUUUAGAAAGAUGACUUCCCACCAACUUUAAUGUUCUUCAUAGAUCACAUGUCAGCGUUUUUACCACUGGAAAAAUUAAGCUUGGAAAACUACAAUUGUGGUCAUGUCUUUUAAGAUUUUUGAUCUCCAUUAUUAUCAAAAUUGGAGAAUUUCUUUAAGAGGGACCAAUGAUUAUUUGUAAUUUAGUAGGUAUGCAUUUGUAGGUAUGCAUGUGUAUGAAUAUGUUCAUAUAUAUAGCCCAUAUGUAUACACAUGUGGAUAGAGUUUAUUGAUAUCAUUGUUGCUGCCUUUAUCUUUUUUUUAUUAUAUAUAUAUUUAUUUAUAUUUCUUAUGUUGUUCCUCCUUAAUGUACUUGUCUGAUUCUGUACUCUUUAUUUUAGUCAUACAUACAUACAUAUAUAUAUAUAUAUAUAUAUAUAUAUAUAUAUAUAUAUAUAUAUAUAUAUAUAUAUUCUGGUCCAUAUCCAUAGGGAAUAACAGGGAGGGUGGGAAAUUAUGUGAUUAAAAAAAGCAGACAUUUUACUUUUGGUUGUUAUAUUAAUGUGAAAUAAAAAAGAUGUUUAAAAAAUAUGACAUUGAACAAAUUUCACCAUUUAGAUAACUAGAUUUGGCUGAAAAAAACACACAUUUCACAUUUUACUUCACCACUAACCCAACAACUGGUCCCAUGUAAUGCCCUCUUUUCAUCCUCCAAAUUCAUAAACUGAUGGGAGGUGUAGUCUUUAAAACAAUGGGUUUAAAAAAUAUGAUUACUGCGUCAUGUCAAGCAGGAAUACACCGUGGACUAUAAUUGUAUUGCCAUGGCAGAUAUUUUUAUGAGCUCAAAUCAGUAGUGUUUCUUUUUCCUUCCCUCCCUCUGUUGCUUUUUUCUCAUUUCUAAUGUCUCCUGUGUUUCCUCUUACUUCCAGGUGAGGGUGCUCUGUGCAGCAUCCCCAUAGAAAACAUCCUGGCAGUGGAGAGGUUAGAGGAGGAGUCUUUCAAAAUGAAAAAUGUGAGAACCUGACACAGCAACCUCAGUGAAAUCUUUGGCACUUGUCCUCAAGUUUUUUAUCAAGCUUUCAGACUUCCUCAUAACUUUCUGUCCUCUUUUCUUUCCUCAAGAUGUUUCAGGUUAUUCAGCCAGAGCGAGCUCUCUACAUUCAGGCCAACAACUGCGUGGAGGCCCGUGACUGGAUCGACAUACUGACCAAAGUCAGCCAGUGCAACCGGAAACGUCUGAGCACCUACCACCCCUCAGCCUACCUCAAUGGCCACUGGCUUUGCUGCAAGCUGUCCGCAGACACAGCUCCAGGGUGCUCGCCCUGCACUGGGUAUGUCAAGCUGUGAAAACCUGUUCAUCGUCAGGUUACUCUCUUUUUAUACACGUAUCUGUUUUCUCAUGCUGCUGUGUGUAUGUGUGUGUGUUUUCAGAGGCCUUCCGGCAAACAUCCAGCUGGACGUGGAUGGAGACAGGGAGACCGAGAGGAUCUACUCCCUGUUCAGCACAUAUAUGACCAAACUGAUCAAGAUGCAAGGUCAGACAGAAGGAUUUUUACAUUUAUGUAGUAUCCAGGCAUACAUUUGAUGUUAAUUUUCAUGUUUUCCUUUCAUGUUUUUGCCAUUCACUCCGAUGUCGGUCUUCUCUUGCAGAGGCCUGUGGCAGUAAAUCUGUCUACGACGGACCUGAACAGGAGGAGUACUCCACCUUUGUCAUUGAUGACCCCCAGGAGACCUACAAAACCCUGAAACUGAUCAUAUCAGCCGUGCAGACGCUUGAGCAGCAGCACACCAAGUACAAACGGGACAAGUUCAAAAAGACAAAGAUUGGCAGCCAGUAUGUACUUGUUUGAUGUUGAUUCAUGCUCAUAGCUCAAACUAUUUUUAGGUGUUAUGCAGAAAAAAUGCUUGAUCUCGACAUUUGGAUGAAAUUCCUAUGUGGGCCAGCAGGUGGUGCAGUAACACAGUCCACAGUUGCCUUCGAAGAGUCUUACUAUCAUUUUAUUUUUAUGGUUCUCUUUUACAUCCAGUAACAUCUAACCAGCAACCUUUCUCUGUGUUUCUUCAGGGAGCAUCCAAUAGGAGACAAGAGUUUCCAGUGCUACAUCCGCCAGCAGUCUGAGAGCUCCACCUACUCCAUCUAACCCUGGCCCUGUGUACUGUUUCUACGAUGCCCAGAACCAGCAUAUCUUACUGUUACUGCAAAAAAAACCACCACGUCAAUGCUCAGUAUCUGGUAUUGAGUUUUAGAUCUCUAUACGUCCUUGAAACAGAACAUUUGGAAGCAGGUGGGAGUUGUUGGGAAAUACGUCGCUCUGUUGUUAAGUUUCAUGGAUAAAAAAAAAAGAGUCAAAAGUUACGAUACCAGACCGAAUGAGCCGGUGGACUCUCCUUUUGCAGUCUCAUGGUGCAUCGCUCCAAAUUUUGGAGAACCGACCUCAGAUCAAUGAGAGAAAAAGAGGAACAGAUGUGGAUGAAGGAGGGAUGAAAAGAGAUAAUCAUACCAUACAUCUGUUUCUGUGAUGUGACAAGAGAACAAACAAGCAAACGUUUUCACUGGACAGUUUUUGACAGUGACCGAGACGCACUUUAAUCGCCUCCAAAUCUCUGGAUGAACAAGCCUCGCAGCACACUUUCAGAAAGCUUAUUUUAUCUGUUUGAUUUUGUGUAUUUUAAUGGUCGUUGAAGCGUUCCGUUUUAUUUCACUCUAGGAGAAGUAAGGAAGGACAAUAUAUAUUUUUAGGUGGAAUUUUACCCAUGAACCUGUUUUAUUUGGUUUCAUUAUUCGUCCCUUACCUCCCUGGAAAGGCUGAGAAGGUGUAGGGCACACAAAAAAAGGGAUUAUUGGGACCAAGAGCAGCUCAAUCUUAGCCAUCAAAAAUAUCACCUCUUAAAAACUGUUAUUCCUCACUCUGAAUUCUCAUUUUCACCGUGCUAAGGCAUGGUUAAUGUCAGGACUUUUAUGUUUCAGAUCAAUAUGAGUCGACUGGAUAUUGAACCUCUGUGCAACAAAAACAAGAGUUGAGAGUUUUUCCUACUUACACUGAGCCUGACAAACACAGAUGCCUUUUGGUAUCUUUAUUAAAUAGUACUGUGUGUUGAAAGAUGUCUUAGUUUGACUAAAUUUAUGGACAUGAAGUUACAACCUAUCUUUUAAGUAAUUAAAGUACAUCAAAUUAGACAAACUUCAAAUUAUUCUCCGUUUAUUAUCAAAGAAGUCAGAUUACAAAAAGCUUCAUUGAGCAAAUUUUGGUUGAAUUUAGGUCCAGAUGAGCUCAUCCAAGCUUGGACAAGACAGGGUGCAAAUCCUGAUUGGCUGUAUGAAGUGUAAAGUUUCAUAAAUACUCAUUUAUUUUGUAAAGUUCACUGUUAAACUCCAGUUUAAGAGCAACUGAUAGCUCUUUACCUGGUGUCCACUAAUUGAUCUCAGCCAGGCCUGAGCUGCAUGCAGACAUGUUUGGUGCAUCUUUUGUAAGUGCAGAAAGUACUGAAAUCCAAACUAUCUAUUGAACAGUCACAAAUUGAAGACCAUUUGUUUGCAAAUGUGAUUUACAAAGAUGUCGGACUUAAUUCUGAAUUUAUAUUCUCACAUUCUAACAGUCUCGACUCCACCGAUUCACCAAUUGUGAAAUUGAUAGCGUGUCGCCGCUGGUUGUGUCGCCCUGUUGGCACCCUCAUGGUAUGAUUCCUCUGUUUUGUGAGUUUUGCCCUGUCAUAUUUUGGAAAGGCUGCCCCCUGUAGUUUGAAACCUUUCUCAUAUGCAUUCCUCUGAGAAACUGCCUGCUGUGAAUCUUACCGGUCAGCCGCCCGAGAGUCUGUUGAAGGUACAGGAUUUAUUGUGUUCAAACAUUUGUGUUGUCCCACACAUUAGCAUUGAUAUCCAUUAGCAUUCAGUUUCGCCAAACCAGUGCAUGUGAAGUUUAGCUGUAGUCAUAACAAUGGUAGCAUCCACGGUCACUUCAGUGCAACCAAGUGACUACAAACCUCCACAAUUUUUAUUUGUAUUAUUCAAAAACUUACUGGUUAUGUAGCCUAAAUAGUUGUUCACGGGAUCCCAAACAGUGCCAGUCAUCACUUUUAUAAAAUUCUCUUUUUAAGAAAAAAAACAAACAAAAAAAUCAUGUUUUAGAUGUGCUUUUUUUUUUUUUACAUCUCAGAACUGUUUUAAAAAGCGAAUAAGCAAUUAUACCAAUGGCACCUUUUUCUUUGUCGAAUGUGUUGAUCUAUGAGGAUGUUUCUCAACAGAUUUGACUCUGUUUUCUAUCUUUGUCUUGUCAUACGGAGAUCUUGCUGUGUAUCUGAACUGAAUGACUGAGUUUUGUGCGUGUUUGUGAGUGUGCAUUUGUCGGUAUGCGCAGGAGAGAUCGAAAUGAUGGGUUGUAUUGCCAAUGAGUUGAGUAAACCCGGUGUUACAGGUCAGGAAAGAUAGAUUCCCACUUAUAAUAAAGAGAAAAAUCACUGCCUGUAAUUACACUACAGACUAGAAGGACUGUGGAAACAGUUACUCUGCUCUGUCUUGAUCCAGUAUCUCACUUUUUCCCUCUUGUAUAGAACCACUGCUCCUUUUUCAAGGAAACUUUGAAAAUAUAAUCCUCCCCCAAACAAUUUUUGUAUGUAACACGGUAAUAAUAUUGAUGAAACAUGAUGAAACAGCGUUGCUUUAACCUCUGAACUUUGGUGAGUGUUUGUUUCCACCUGUUACUAACUCUCCUCAGGUUUAUGAAACUCAGCAGCUUUUAUUUUGCCAAAACCAAACACCAAACGGUUCUGUCUCUCCUUUUAUUGAACUUCGUAAUCAUAUUUAUUGUCAUUUCAGCAAAACCUUCCCAGAAACAUCAGCUGAGCUGGUGGGGGUAACAGCAUUUACAGUAAUGGUUACUCCUCUGCCCAGAAGCCCACAAAGGAAUGACUUAUGCAAUGAUGGUGUUUCAGCAUGCAAUAAUAUGAACAAGCCCUCCAUAAGACCAUCAGAUGAUCACAAAUUAACGCACAUCUGCAGCAAAAUGCCUCUUUGGAUGAACGCAUAUUAUAAAGGGAGAACAGUGUAUUUUGUACAAAUAUUUUAAAAGUAUUAAAUAAGCCUGUUAUAUGUGUACAUAAAAAAUGUUGGAUGAAUGGUGAAAAUGUGAUGUGUUCUUUCCCUGGAUAACUAAAUGAAUAUUAAUGCAAAUUCAA